UUUAUUUUUUUCUGAUGACCUUCUGCGACACAUUCUCUGACAACAUGGCUGCCACAUCUGUCCUGCUCCUUUUCCUCAUUUUUCUGCCUACUCCAGGGCUCACAGCUCACCAGGACUCUGGCAUAGUGAAUGGAGUAGAGGCCAGACGCAACUCAAAACCCUACAUGGUCUCUGUACAGGCAAAGAAGACACAUAUCUGUGGGGGGGGGGUCCUCGUGUCUGAGAACUUCGUCAUGACAGCCGCCCACUGCUACACUUGGGGUGUGAAUCUGAUGGUUGUGUUUGGUGCUCAUGACAUUUCAAGGCAGGAAAGCUCUGCUCACAGGAUUGAUAUGAAACAUUACCACAUACAUCCUGGUUACAACUCUAAGACACUUCAGAACGACAUCAUGAUGUUGCAGGUACAUGACAGAGGAAUCAAAACUAAGCCGAAAUGCAAAGUUGUGCAACAGAUCCCUCUCUCUAAGAAAGACCAAGACAUCAAGGCCAAAUCCUACUGUACUGUAGCUGGAUGGGGUGCCACCAAAACAGGCGGCACUGCAAACACACAUCUUCUGGAGGUGAAUGUCACCGUUGUAGACAGAGCCUCCUGCCAGAGAUCAUGGGAGAACACUGCCACCUUAACCCCGUCUAUGAUAUGUGCUGGUGGUACUGCGGCUGAUGAUAAAGGUGUUUGUCAGGGAGAUUCAGGUGGUCCUCUGGUGUGUAAGGGGACAGCAGUGAGAGUUGUGUCCUUCAAUGAAAAAGGAAACUGCGACAAGCCAAAGAAGCCCAACGUCUACACCAAAAUAUCCAAAUACCUCUCCUGGAUCAAAUGUAUCAUAAAGUAUUAA